CGAGGAUGUCAUCGCGCAAUAGGGGAGUGGUUCCUGCCUCCCUUGGUUUCUUCCGUGUUUUUUUUCCAGUUUCCUGGCUUCUGGGGCAGAGAGUUUAUUUGCCUUAUAUUGAGAACCUGUGACACACGCCGGCAUUUCUUUGUGUGUUGUUGUGUUUUGAGUUCGUCAGAAUCCUGUCGGACUGCGUCUUUAUAACGCCCUGCACUGUCCGUGUAUCCUAAUUAUAAAUAAACAACAUGAUGGCGUCGAGCUACAACGCGAAAGAAGAAGACGGACAGCUCUCCGGUGCCGCGGGGUCCGGCGGCGUAGGGGCUGGGAAGAGCAAGAAGCCGGACAACACCGCGUUCAAGCAGCAGAGACUGCCCGCCUGGCAGCCCAUUCUCACCGCGGGCACCGUCCUGCCUGCCUUCUUUGUGAUCGGUCUGAUAUUCAUUCCUAUCGGAAUCGGCCUCUUCGUAACUUCCAAUAACAUCAAGGAAUUUGAGAUUGAUUAUACUGGUAUUGACCCAGCCAGUCCAUGCUACAACUGCUCUCAGACAUUGACCUGGAACAGUACAAAGCCGUGUGUAUGUAAAAUCCCCUUCACACUGGAGCAGUCAUUUGAGAGCGAUGUUUUCAUGUAUUACGGGCUGUCCAAUUUCUACCAGAACCACCGUCGUUACGUGAAAUCUCGAGAUGACAGCCAGCUGAAUGGAGAUGCCUCCUCCUUAACUAGCCCAAGCAAGGAAUGUGAGCCAUACCGCACCAGUGAUAACAAACCCAUAGCUCCCUGUGGAGCCAUUGCUAACAGCCUGUUCAACGACACUUUGACAUUGUACUACAUUAAUCCCAACGGCACUGAAAGUUUAGUUCCAUUGCAAAAGAAGGGAAUUGCCUGGUGGACUGACAAGAAUGUGAAAUUUAGAAACCCAGGUGGAAAUAACUUUAACCUAACAGCUGUUUUCCAAGGUACCUCCAAGCCUGUGAACUGGCAAAAGCCUGUGUACGAGCUGGACACAGACCCUGAGAACAACGGGUUUAUCAACGAGGACUUCAUUGUGUGGAUGCGCACUGCUGCCCUGCCCACCUUCCGCAAACUCUAUCGUCUGAUUGAGAAGAAAAACAACAUGAUACCAACCCUGCAACGUGGAAACUAUACCCUGGACAUCACCUACAAUUACCCUGUGCGUAGAUUUGAUGGGCGGAAGCGAAUGAUCCUGAGCACUAUCUCCUGGAUGGGUGGUAAGAACCCGUUUCUGGGCAUUGCCUACAUCACUGUCGGCUCCGUCUGCUUCUUCCUGGGCGUCGUCCUGCUGAUUAUCCACCAGAAAUAUGGAAACCGCAACAACAGCGCAGAGAUCCCCAACUAGUGGAGGAGUGACACCCCUACGCACAACCAGAGGGGCCCAGCUUGGACCACUAGCUAAUAAAGCUUAGCAUCAUCAGUUGUUGUACAUGUUGUUUGUCCUUUAAAUGCAAUGGUUUAUUUUAUUUCUAGGGAUGGAGCAGGUCUAUUUAUUCACAAAUCUCUGACUGAUAUGAUACCAAAAGCCUUUCUUGUUUGACUCAAUACUGUUUGACUUCAUUCAUAAACUGCUGUUAAAGAAGCCAACUACAGUCUAGGACAGUUCAUGAAUAUCAAACUUUAAAAAAUAGUUUGUAAUGAGUUAAAGCUUUGUGGCCAGCACCCAAAAUUUGGAUAUAAAGGAUUUCCAAAGAGCAUGAUCCAUCUCGUGUUUAACUAAUGAAAAAUAGCUAUACAUUAGAUCAUAAGGAUUUGCUGGAUUAUAUUUGACACUCAAACAAAACCUGUGUUACAAAUGAUAUGAAUAUAGAUGUUAAUAUUUAAUUCCUUGAAGACAAUGAUGUACUUGUUGAAAUGCUUUAAAACUGAUAUAGCAUGUUUCCUGCUGAAUGAAUGUACAGUCUUUGUGUUUGUAAUUACAUUUAAUUUACUUCCAAUGCUUUUUCUAGUAAACUGCACUGGUUAGAAUCUGAUGUUUUUAAUAAUUUUAGAUAAUCUGGUACAUCUGUGUUUUUUAUUUUCAGUUUUAUUAUACCGGUACCCUACUUUUGCUAAAGAAUGCAGUGUGUUGCUGUGACUGUAGUAUGUCUUGAACAGAUGUGGCAUUUUAAUCUUUUUUUUAUAUAUAUAUAUAUAUAUAUAUCUAUAUAUAUAUAUAUAUAUAUAUAUAUAUAUAGUUUAUUUCAGGUUAAGUAGGUUUACUUGUUUUAAGCACAAACAUGAUGACUGCACACUUGACAUUUUCAACUCGGUUUAAUGUAACUAUUCUAAUCUGAUGGAGAUGAAUACAAGGAUUAUUGGGACCAGUGUAACCACAGAAGCUGCUUUUGAUUUAAGUAAUAUUACUGUUGAAGGUUUUCAAAACUACUUCACCAAGCAUACUCGCAACCUUAAUUCACCAGUUAAUUUGCACUUAUCAUACAAUUGAAAUAUCCUUGUUAUUUAUUUGAGAAUUAGGAGUUAUUUACUUUCCUCUGUACAGCUGUUGGUUUACAAUAUUAUAAAAAGCUGUUUAUUCUGUAGAGAUUACUUUUAAGUUGGGCGGUCUAAUAAAAGAUGGAAAACUA